AUGAUUGUGGGAUAUUUGGGAGCUGGUGUCAGUUUAUCUGUUCUUUUCACUUCGAUGUAUUGGAUGUUCCAAAUUGUUCAAGAUAUUCAAAAUUUGAAGGGUGAAGUUGAAGGUGGAGUUGAUGAGUUCAAGGUGAGCAUUUUUAUGGGAACUUUCACGCCGAAUAAAUAUCUGGAUUGAUAAUGCUUAUGCCUUAUCCAAUUUCUCAUUUUUUCCAACAUCAAAACAACCUCCAAAAAUGUUCAGAUUUUGGCUGAUGACACAUGGCAACGUCUUUUGAUCCUCCAAUCUCCAACUGGCGAAACUGCCAAUAUUAUGCCAUCAAUUUUCCGAAACCACCGUGAAAAAAGAUAUAUCUAUCCAGGAAUGUGUAACUGUGAUAACAAUUCACGUGGCUGCCCAGCUGGACCACCAGGACCACCAGGACUUCCAGGAAAACGAGGAGAUGAAGGUGUUUCUGGAGAUUUGGGACGAACUGGAGCAUCAGGAAUCAGUUUGGCGGCAGUUCAUCAUAUUCCAGGAGGUUGUAUUGAAUGCCCACAAGGACCAGCUGGACCACCGGGACCACCAGGACAAAUUGGAGCACAAGGAUAUAAGGGAGUUCAAGGAAAUCCAGGACCAUCAGGAGAUGAUGGACAACCUGGAGGACAAGGAGAUCGGGGAGAUUCGGGAGCACCUGGAGUUAAAGGAUUUGAUGGAGCUGAUGGACCAGAUGGACAACCAGGAACUGCUUAUUUCCCAGGGGAAAUUGGACAACCUGGAGAACCAGGAUGGUUGGGAUUGGCUGGUUUGCCAGGAAAACAUGGAGAACCAGGAAAAGAUGGAGAACAAGGACCACAAGGACCAAAAGGAGAACCUGGACAACCUGGAAGAGAUGCUUAUCCUGGACAACCAGGAAAAGCUGGAGAACCGGGAAGUGUUGGAAAAGAUGCCGAUUAUUGUCCAUGUCCAGCUAGAAAAGAUUCGAAUGUUGAGACUGGAUCUGCUUCGUCGCAAACAUACAAAAAUCGACGAGUUAAGAAGCAUUAA